UUGGUUUGAGCAGCAUCGGGGUUUUUUUUGUUUUUUUCAAACGCCCAGCCAAUCCCGAGAGCGAAGGAUGCUCUCCUUGUGGCAGGAAGUGAUCCGAAUCUGACGGGCAGGGAUCCCGGCUUAUCAGAGAGAGAGGCGGGGCUUUAGGGGAGACCUGGGUCCUGAUGCUGCUGCCAAGGCACUUGGAGACAGUGGGGAUGAUGGGGCUGGUGGCUUGCAGAAGGAACUGAGCCUCUGCCUGUGAAGAGGCCUCACCUGUGGGACCCCCUCCCCCCCACACCAUCAUGGAGCCCCUGAAGGAGCGGGCUGGAUGGUGCAUAGGGUACCGGGGGGAGGAGGCACUGUCUGAAACAAGGCCCUUGCUGCAAAACGAGGCUGGCCAGGAUGGUGUUGAAAUGCGCAUUGUGCCAAGAGGUUGGGGGUCAGAUGACCCAGACUUACAGGAGGAUGAGCUUGGCCCAGAUCCUGUGCGGGUCCUGAUGUUGCCUCUUCAGGCUCAACAUGCCAUGGAGAAGAUGGAGGAAUUUGUCUUGAAGGUGUGGGAAGGUCGUUGGCGUGUCAUGCCUUAUGAUGUACUACCUGACUGGCUGAAGGACAAUGAUUUCCUCCUACAUGGACAUCGCCCACCCAUGCCCUCAUUCCGUGCCUGUUUCCGCAGCAUCUUUCGCCUCCACACUGAAACUGGAAACAUCUGGACCCAUCUGCUUGGUUUCCUCUUCUUCCUGGUAUUGGGCGUUGGGUACAUGAUCAGUCCCAACAUGAAAUAUGUGGCCCCUAUCCAGGAGCGUGUCGUCUUUGGCAUGUUCUUCUUAGGAGCCAUUCUUUGCCUCUGUUUCUCCUGGCUAUUCCACACCGUCUACUGCCACUCCGAGAAGGUUUCUCGCACCUUCUCCAAAUUAGACUACUCUGGAAUCGCCUUGCUCACCAUGGGCAGUUUUGUGCCAUGGCUGUAUUAUUCCUUCUACUGCUCACCGCAACCCCAACUCAUCUACCUCAUCAUCAUUUGUGUGCUGGGCGUGACUGCCAUCAUGGUAUCACAGUGGGACCACUUUGCCACUCCACAGUAUCGGGCAGUCCGAGCAGGCGUGUUUCUGGGCCUAGGGCUGAGCGGACUGGUGCCCACUCUCCAUUUCAUGAUCGCAGAAGGAUUCAUCAAGGCCACCACAGUAGGACAGAUUGGGUGGUUGUUCCUCAUGGCUGUCCUCUACAUCCUGGGGGUGGGUCUCUACGCAGCCCGCAUUCCGGAACGCUUCUUCCCCGGCAAGUGUGACAUAUGGUUCCACUCCCACCAGAUCUUCCAUGUGCUGGUGGUAGCAGCCGCCUGCGUCCAUCUUCAUGGGGUCUCCCAACUGCAGGCCUUCCGCUCAUCACUGGGGGGAAGCUGCACCGAAAACACUGUGCUCUGAUAGCCCCUGAGACGAGACUGACCAACCACCUCUGCUGGACAAGGACCAGCACUGCCCAUAAUCUGGCAGACCAUACUUGCUAUGGACCAAAAG